AUGGGGCCUGAGGGCAGGGCCAGGUGCUGGUGCUGUGGCCCAGAGCUAAGCCGCUGGGCGGCUGACAACAGUCCCACACAGGGGCGCUGUGGGCCCCUCUCUCUGUGUAGCCACACUGUGGGCCAGGGCACCUGCUGCACCGUGUCCUGGGGAGGCCAGGACCACAUGGACGGGCAGAUCCUGGGCCAGCUGCGCCCCCUUGCAGAGCAGGAGGAGGAGGAGGAGGUGGGGGCCAGGGCUGCCCCAUCCGCAAGGCCGGCCUUCCCUGGGAUGGGCUCUGAGGAACUGCGGCUGGCCUCCUUCUACGACUGGCCACUGACCACCGUGGUGCGGCCUGAGCUGCUGGCUGCCGCAGGCUUCUUCCACACCGGCCAGCAAGACAAAGUGAGGUGCUUCUUCUGCUAUGGGGGUCUGCAGAGCUGGGAGCAGGGGGACGACCCCUGGACAGAGCAUGCCAAGUGGUUCCCCAGGUGCGAAUUCCUGCUCCAGACAAAGGGACGGGACUUUGUCUGCAGUGUCCAGGAGGCUUGUUGCCACCUGCCCGGCUCCUGGGGGGCUGCAUGCAGGUGCACUGUGUGUCUGGUGCUCGGGAGAGGGAAGGCAGUCCCCAGCACCACUGAGCAGCCCGCUGUGGGCAUUGCCAAUCCGAUGGCCGACAGUGGGAGCGUGAAGAGGAGAGGCAGCUGUGUGUACCUGGUGCCCCUCGCCCCGGAGGUGGCUGCAGUCGGGAGUGCACAGGGCAGCGGGGGGUACUGUCUACACCCGUGCCCAGGACUGCGGGGCAAAGGUGCCAGGGGCAGCCAGGAGUGGUCCGCGUGGAGCCGGUGCCCAGCGGUGCGGGCCGUGCUGCGCAUGGGCUUUGGGCCGAGCCGCGUGCAACAGCUGCUGCAGCACAGGUACCGGUGGGCGGUGCCCGCCGGCAUCUCCGCGUCCCAGCUGGUGGCCGACCUGCUCCAGGAAGAGGAGGGGGGCCGGGUGACGGCGGCCAGAGGUCCUGAGCUGCCCAUGCCCAGAAGAGAGGUCCAGUCAGAAGGUGCCAGGGAGCCAGGAGCCCAGGAUACAGAAGAGCAGCUGCUGUGUCUGUGGGAGGAGCGGACCUGCAAGGUGUGCCUGGACCGCGCCGUGGGCACCGUCUUCGUGCCCUGCGGCCACCUGGUCUGUGCCGAGUGCGCACCAGCCCUGCAGCUGUGCCCCAUCUGCAGGGCCCCCAUCCGCAGCCGCGUGCGCACCUUCCUGCCCUAGGCCAGGUGCUUCAAGAGCUGGCGGGCACCCUGCCCAUCUCCGCCUGUCCCUCGGGCCACACG